AUGGGAAACAUUUGUGGCAAGACCGAGCCCGAGGCUUUCUCACAACCCGGCCGUGUCUUGGGCACUGCACCUCCUCCGGCCGCCGGUACAGCGCCGGUCCCGAAAACAGUCGGCGGCCCACCGCGGACAUUGGGAGGUGGAUCAGCCGUUGCUCAAGGCUCAGACGAUCCUGAGAAUGCGCGAAGGAAAGCCGCCGAAGCGGCAGAGGCACGCGCCAAGGCAUCUUCAAAGCCAGGUGGAAAGUUACAGACGCAAUUAGCAGCACAGAAGAAGCAGACUCGCUCAGAGACGUUGAACGAUGCUAGUAAGGAGCAGCUUCGAGCGCGUGAAGCGGAUCAGGCGACAGAGGCUCUUAAUUGGAAAUGA